AUGAAGACUAUCGCCAUCGUGUCUUCCCUGCUGCUCCUUGGAGCGGCUGCUGCCCAGGAGAUUCAGUCGAAGCCCUUCCACCUCGUUCUCCAGUCUGCCAACAAUACAUACAAUGGCCAGAAGCUCGCCGCCUGUCACUCCGGUGCCGCCAUUGAGUCGCUCUGUCUGGCCGGCAACACCGGCUCUGAGAUCUACCUCAACACCACGAAGGACAAGUCUUUUGUUGAGUCUGAGCCCAUGAGCUUCUAUGUCGACCCGUCUACCAACCUGGCCAUGCCCAUGUUCCAGCCUUCUUAUGACCAGCAACAGGUUAUGUUCGACAAGGAGGAUCUGAUGGGAAUCUACAGCUACCUUGGCGACACCAUCACUCCUCCCACGGAUGACAAGGUCAGGGUUCUGAAGAACUGGUACCUUUGCGAGACCAAUUAUUCCGCCUAUACCUACCGCACCUUGGCCUGGGUUCUGGGUAACGGCAAGGCCAAGCCUCAGAACCCCAGCUGCGUCAAGGUCCAGGUACAUCGCAGGUUUGUCCAGUAA